CUCCCGUCGUGCUCUUCGCGGGCUCUUCACAAAAACCCCGAUGAGAAGGCCGUGGAGGAGGAGGCUACCAGCUGAGGGGGGGUAGCCGAUUCCCGGAGAGGACUUUCUGCUCUCGUCGUCCGAAAUAUUGAAAACGUGACGGCGGCGAACGAAAACGAAGCUUAACGCAUCAUAAAACAUGAUGCCCACUCCCACAGAAGAUCUUCCGUCGGGCCUGUGAGUGUCGGCAGGUUUCCCACCGCCGCCUCGCCUCUUCGGGGGGGAUCCUGCUGUCUUGAGUCCGUCCUAACCGACCCGCGACACCGCCAGGCGAUGACAGCGGCUACAGCCACUCCGCAGGUGAUGAGAGACCGGCUGCUACAGGCCAUCGACGGCCAGAGCAAUAUCUGACUUGGUCUUCUUGUGCGUUAAAAUGGCUUCAUUUGCAUGCAGUCUCAGUUUGACAUAUCGAGCCCGAAACCAGUACGAGUACACCGUCUCUUGACAUACAGCAGAUAUGCAACAUGGUGGUAGUUGUGGAGGUGAUUUCUUUUUUGGAGAAAUAUCCCAUCACCAAAGAGGCACUGGAGGAAACCCGUCUUGGCAAGCUCAUCAAUGAUGUCCGGAAAAAAACCAAGAAUGAGGACCUGGCAAAAAGAGCCAAGAAGCUUCUGCGAAACUGGCAGAAGCUAAUUGAGCCAGGGAAGGGUGAGGUGUUGUCGAAAGGACACACUGGUGCAUCAUGGUCUUCCAAUGGUGGUGCUCAUCCCUGCAUCUCUGCUCCAGCUUCCACCACACCAUCAGGUAAAACAGGUCCAGAGUUGAAGAACAGAAAUGACUUCAACAACUGCUACUCCUCUAGGGUGGAAAAACAAGGCAACAGGAAACGUAAGGGUGACCAGAAGGAAGGACAGCUCUUACAAGCCAAGAUAUCCAAAACGACUCUUAAUGAUAAAAUACAGAACUCCAAACAGCUGCCAACCAAUGGAAUUGGCAGCAGCUCUGAAAUUUUUACAGAUUCUCAUGCACAUCAGCCUUUAGACAAGGAGGUUUCUGAGCCUUUGGACAAUGACAGGCUAAAUAAAAUCCCUGUCAACGCUGUAAAACCUCAUCCAAGUGCCCAGGGAUUCAGCAAGCCUCUUAGCACUUCCUCUUUGCUAAAAGCAUCAGUUCUACAGCAGCAAGCCAGACAGGAGCAAGCUGCCUCUGGUGGGCAGUGUCGACCCAGAAGCCCUCGCUGUUCCUUGCACAGUCCUCAAACUCCAAAGCAGGAAGCUGUUGUCAAACAAACUGCACCACAAGCACAGAGUGGGGUUAGUCUUUCUAGCCCCACUGUGAGGCCUGGGUCUGUGGAAAACUCUGGGCUGGGGCCUUCUCCUCAGCCUAUAAAUGUUUGUGUUCAGGGUUUGCACACUGACGGUUCGUGGUCUGCAGAUUUAAACUCUCAAAGCAGGCCUUCCAAUACGUCUCUUCACAACUCAACUGCCUCUUCCUGCAGUGACAGGGUCAGUUUGGAAGAUGAGGGUGCUGUUAGCAAUACAGGGAAAAGGAAAAGACAGAAAUAUAGGCCUAAAGACUAUGUAGUAAAUUUAGAUGGACAGACUGUAGAAGACAGCACUAAACCAGUCAGGUUAAAAGAUAGAAGACUGACAUUUGACCCUGCAACAGGGCAAAUCAAACCUUCCUUCUAUAAGGAGUCUUGCCAGGAGGGGGAGGUCAGACUGGGGCACAGACCUGAACCUCAGUGGUCAGAACAGCCGAAGCCGAAGCAGAACCCACCAGUUCCUCCCAGUCCUUUCCAGCAGACAGACUGGAAAGAGCUGUCGAGGAGCGAAAUCAUCCAAUCGUACCUUAGCCAGCAAAGCAACGUGCUGACAUCGUCAGGCGCCAACACUCCCGGUGCACAUUUUUUCAUGACGGAGUUCUUGAAAAAAGAGGAACACCGAAGUAAAGACACCAAGAAAACCCACGUAUUGGCACCAGAACGACCAGCCAAGGAUUUACCAGGGGUUAGCAGAGAGGUCAACAAUGAAGACCUCAGCAGAUUACAUGCACAACACUGGCCCGGGGUUAACGGCUGCUAUGACACAAAGGGUAACUGGUAUGAUUGGACGGAGUGCAUCUCCUUAGACCCGCAUGGAGAUGAGAACAGGUUGAACAUACUGCCAUAUGUCUGUCUGGACUGAAACCGAGGUCAGGUUUCUGAAUUGGAAGGUGUAAGCAGCCUUCAUCGUAAAGUGGAGCAGCUCUGGAUGUGUGAGGGCACUUCUGUAAGUGUAAGCUGCUGUUUUGCAACGUUGGUGAAAAUGGAAUAAAUAUGCUGCCUCACUCGGGUGUGUGUUGGAGCACAGGGGGUGUAAUCAGUGUUUUUUUUUUUUUUUUUUUUAAUGAGUUUGUGAACAUUGUGUGAGGACAGCAUGUAGGGAAAAGCUAUGCAUUAUCUGCCCCUUUACUUGUUGGUGUUUAGUAACUGUACAGAUUGAGUUUCCAGUACCUGCCAGUCUUUAUAUGGGAGAAGAACAUCACCUUAAACUGCACAGCUACAUUUUAUUUGUCUCAUCUUAUCCACAUGCCUCGUGGAACGUGACAGAAUUUUCUGCAUAUAAUCACAUUUAGUCCAUAGUGCAGAAUUUUUUAAUUUGAAGUUUAGUUAAAUUUUUGGAUUUUUAAAAAAAAAAAAAAACAUCUUGUGACCUAGUGAGAUACAUAAUUCGGGCAAACAUUUAAGAGAUACAUCUACCAAUGAGAUUUUCGUUGGCAUCUGCUCAUGCAUUUUGAAAAAUAUUUUCCAUUGCAGCUUUUAUAAACCGCUGUUCCCCCAUUGCACGACUGUCUUAUGCAGCAACUUUAAGCAGAGAGAAUAACAAAUGAGUUUUAAAUCAUUUGAAUUUUUCUCCUUGUGUUUGAAUGCUGUUAAAUAAAGUGACAUGAUACUGCCAGAUGUGACUUUGCAGAAAAGCAAGGCUUGUAAUGGGCUAGAACAAUACCAGUUGAUAAAGAAAUGUGGCUGUCAUGUAUAUUUAUUUAUAUUUACAUUUACAUAUUCAUACUAAGAUUUAUGUACAUGUUCAGACUACACUAAAUCAUUUUUUUUCUUAAUUCAGAACUGGUUCAGUGAUGCAGCAGCGACAUUCCAGACUUUCACUGCUGAUACACCAACUUACCUUACACAAGAAAACUCUCUAAAAUGACACAUUUUGAUAACGUGAACUAAUUUUAUUUUAUACUUGCCUUUUCCCUUUACUGUGUAUUUAGGUUGUAAAAUAUGAAUUGGAUUGACAAAGCAGAUUACGCUCCUAGCUUGCAUCUUUCUCACUGUCAGGAAGAACUGAAAUAUAAAUUGACAUGCUGGAUAAAGUACUUAAUGUCAUUCCUUUUAGAUAUUGUUUGCCUUAUGGAAACCUGUGUUUUCCCUAAAGACAGAGCCUUAGUGAAUGUACAGAAAUUAGCCUUUUGCGUUCAGUCGAAUGCAGAAGAGAACAUAUUUGCUACUUAGUCCUUUAAAUGGACAUGUUGAUAUGUGUUAAUAAAAAAAAUAAGGAAC